UUACUUGGUUGAACUACAUUUCCCAUGAGCACUUGCACCAUCCGCCUGUCACAUGACUACAACUGUACGUCACAUGUCAACAUGGCUGCCACGAUCUCCAGCGAACAUUUCGACAACUUACAGCUUCUCCUAAAGGCUCCCUCUAAAGAUGCAGUCAGGGAGGUUACUGUGAGGAGUCACAGAGGACCGAGGAGAGAGCUGACAGAGAGCACAGCAGACACACUCAGUGUCCCUACAGCUCAGGCUGCUGAGCUGGUCCGGUCCCUCCACUUCCUGUCUCAUCAUGUCCUCUUCUAUAACCUGAGCUCUCCGGAGCAGAUCCUCGCCCUCUUCCCUGAAUCCUUCCACUCCAGUCUGAAGAACCUGAUCACCAAGAUCCUGCUGGAGAACAGUGCGGCGUGGAGAACAGACGCUCUCGGUACUCAGAUCUCCCUCCCUCAGUUGAAGGAGCUGGACUGGAGAGUCGACAUGGUGACCGGCUCAGACUCGGUCAGUCGGAUGUCUGUCCCAACCUGCCUGGUUCAGCUGAAGAUCGAGGAUCCGUCAGCGGGCGCCGACUCGCUCUCGGCGGUGACGGUGGAGCUGAGUCGAGAGUCUCUGGACACGAUCCUGGACGGACUGGGACGCAUCAGAGACCAGCUGUCUGUGGUCGCCGGGAAAUGAGGUCAGCUGAUUGGUGUGAUGAUGUCACGGCGUUCUCUCUGUGGACACUUUGAACAGAGCGGCGUUGAGGUGUUUGACCUGGAGUGACCUCCUCUUCAUGUUGAAGCGGUGUCAUCGACACCUCAUGUACUCUUUGUUUAACUUCCUCUCGUUAGUUUGUGUGAGCGAUGAUUGAUUGAUUAACGAGCUCAGCUGUAAAAUAACUCUCUGCUUCACUUCUUCAGUUUCUCUAAAGACUCAAAAUAUUCUUAAACUAAAGCUUCAAAGAAACGACUUUUCAUUCCUUUGAGUGGAAGCUGUUUGUAUUUUUCAAGCUGUUGAUAUUUAGACCCAGGAAUGAUUCAGAUCUGCCUUAUUAAUAAAUGUCUGACCAUGAGGUUCUUGAUAUCAUC